GCUGGUGAGCCCUGGCCCGGCCGCGCGGGAGCGCUGUCCGAGGCCCGCCGCCGGGGUGCGGGGCCCUUCCCGGAGCCCGGGAAACAAUCACGCAGCGCGCUGGGGACCGAAAGCCAUUUUUUUUCCCCCGCGAAGAAUUUCUGUAAGAGCAAGUAACGAAUGUCCCCGGCCGGAGUGCCGGGGUGGCGGGGUGGCAGGGGAUCUAGCGGGAAACAGGUUACUAGAAGAAAUGGCCAGUGAGCGUCCACCAAGUUUUUCUAUAGAAGAACUUAAUACAUACUGUCAGAAGCACAGUUUGGUACUUAAGUAUUAUGAACUGUCUAAAGAAGGACCUGCGCAUAACUUAAAGUUUACAUUUCAAGUUAUCAUAAAUGAGAGAAAAUAUUCAGAAGCUGAGGGUAAAUCAAAGAAGGAGGCCAAAAAUGCUGCAGCCAAAUUAGCUCUUGAAAAACUUAAUGAAGAAAGCAAGGCGGUUAGUCCUUUAUCAGUGCCAACAACAGAUACUUCAGAAGGAGUAGGAGUAGGGUCCAUUGAGAACUUCAUAGGCCGUUUGAAUAGGCUUGCCCAGAAGGAAAAACUCUCCGUAAAUUAUGAGCAAUGUGAGUUGAAAGAAUAUGGGCCAGAAAGAUUUUAUUAUCGAUGCAAAAUUGGGCAGAAAGAGUACGCGGUUGGUGGAGGUGCCACAAAACAAGACGCCAAACAGAUGGCCGCUAAAUUUGCAUAUGAUCAGAUACAGUCAGAGAAAAACUCAAUGAAAGAUGACUCAGUAUCAAAUGAUUCUUGGGCAUCUUCGUCUAGCGACUCUGGAAACAACACUUUGGUGAAAAGCAUAUUUGCUUCUAGAUCACCUCUUGAAAAUGAUAUCUCACCAAAUGCACCAGAAGGAAAUUGUAACAGCAACAGUGUAAAUAAUUCUUCAUCUCCUCUGAGCAAUUGCAGAAGUUGUGAAAAGAGGGUAAAAAGAAGUUUGGCCCCUACUUUUAACUCUCCUGUGACCAAAGAAAACAAGUACACUGUGGAAGUCAGGUUUGCUAGUGAUUUUACAGAAAUAACACCGAUUGGCUCAGGCGGAUACGGUCAGGUUUUCAAAGCAAAGCACAAAAUUGAUGGGAAGACUUAUGUUAUUAAACGUGUUAAAUAUGAUAAGGACAAGAAGGUAGAGCGUGAAGUAAAAGCUUUGGCAGCGCUUCGUCACCCAAAUAUUGUUCACUACUGUAGCUGCUGGGCUGGGGAGGAUUACAAUCCCGAGGACAGCAUCAAUCCUUCAAGACCAAAGAUUAAGUGCCUUCUCAUCCAAAUGGAAUUCUGUGAUAAAGGGACAUUGGAGGCAUGGAUUGACAACAGAAGAGGCAAGAAACCAGACAAACCCUUGUCUCUGGAGUUAUACGAACAAAUAGCAGCAGGCGUGGAGUAUAUACACAACCAACAGCUAAUUCACAGAGACCUUAAGCCAGGUAACAUAUUUUUAGUAAAUACAAAACACAUAAAGAUUGGAGACUUUGGACUUGUGACAUCCUUGAAAGAUUAUGAAAAUCGGACAAGUAAUAAAGGAACUCUUCGAUAUAUGAGCCCAGAGCAGAUUUCUUCACGAGAAUAUGGAAAAGAAGUGGAUAUCUUUGCCUUGGGGUUAAUUCUUGCAGAACUUCUUUACAUAUGUCCCACUCUUUCGGAAACAGUGGAGAUUUUUAAAGAGCUAAGGGCUGGCAAGUUCUCAGAUGUGUUUGAUGCCAGAGAAAAAAUUCUUCUGGAGAGAUUACUGUCACAUGAUCCCAUGAAGCGACCUAGUGCAUCUGAAAUACUGGAGACUUUGAAGACGUGGAAGAAUGUUGUAGUGAAAAAGGAACGAAGCACAUGUUAGAGCCCUUCUAAAAAAGGCUUUUGGAUAUUCAAUUUUUUGGUAACUGUCUAAAAUCUUCUAGGGACUACUGAUGAUAUUUACCUUCUAUUCUCAUCUUUCCCUUAAUUUUUCACUACGUUUUAGGAAAGCUUGAAUUUUUUUUUUAACUUCAGAAACGUUCAUACAUUUGCCUAAUUUUCCUGGCUUAUCUCCUUAUUAUAAACAUAGGGAGGGAAAUCUCUCAAAUUUUUAUAUCAAUUAGUGAAUCAAUCAAUUAAUACAUAUUUAUUAAGUGUUCACUCUUUCUAGGCCAAAAAAUAUAAGAUCUUUCCCUGUCUUAAAUAACUAACCAGCUCGUUGGAGAAAUAUGGUAUCCAUAAAAAGAUAAGUGAUAUACAAUCAUUUUGGGAAACAAUUUGGUUUGAUCUGGUUAAGUUGAAGGUGUACAUACCUCAAAGCCAUCAAUUCCAUUCCCACUAGCAUGCCUACAAGAAUGUUCAUAGAAACUCUGUUUAUAACAGCCAAAAGAACAAAAAACAAUGUCCAUCACAAGAAGAAUGGAUAAAUAAAUUGUAUUUUUUCCACACAUUGUAAUACCGUAUAGCAGUAAAAAUGAAUGAAUGACAAGCUAAAUAUAGUAACAUGAUACAUCUCCUAGGAACAUAAUGUUAAGCAAACAAAGCAGGUUACAGAAAAUAUAGACAGAAAGGUUCUCUUUACAUAAAGUUCCAGAGAAUGAUAAAUGAAAUAAUUUUGUUUAGAAAUGCAAACAAAUAUGGUCAAACAAUAGAGGGAAAGAAAGGAAUAAGAAAUAUUAAAUCCCAUAGUGGUUCUCUGAGGAGGGACGGAAGGUGAGGGAGAUCCGGGAGGUCAACUGCAAAGGUAACAGUUCACUACGUUUCCUUAAGCUGUUGAGUUUUUUAGAACUAGAAGCUUGAUUUGAUUCUGGUUCAAAUUUUUUCCCCAAGAAUGCUGCAUCGGUGAUGCUGUAUACCUCCUUUGGUAUUACGUCAGGAGGGCUGUGUUUGGCUGUUCCACUUUCGGUGAUCUGAAGAUUGAUCGGUGGGCUCUGGGGGUGCCAUGUACUAUCAGGUUUCCUCUCCAUCUUCUGCAUAACGGUUUUGGCAACCAUUGAUGAUUGUUGUUUGGAUCCAUUAUUUCAUUAGGGGUUGCAAAAUAGGGAUUUUCGGGUCCCAUCAAACCUCUUUGUCAUCUGUGAUUCUUCUAUAAAGAACUUAAAUGGGACAGAUGGAAUAUUUAUUUUUAGAAUGAAUUAGUGCCCUGGCAAAGUCCAAAGGUGACAAAUGAGGUUUUUGGUUAUUUUUUUUUUUUUAAAGAUUUUAUUUAUCUAUUCGACAGAGAUAGAGACAGCCAGCGAGAGAGGGAACACAAGCAGGGGGAGUGGGAGAGGAAGAAGCAGGCUCAUAGCAGAGGAGCCUGAUGUGGGACUCGAUCCCAUAACGCCGGGAUCACGCCCUGAGCCGAAGGCAGACGCUUAACUGCUGUGCCACCCAGGCGCCCCAGAGGUUUUUGGUUUUUGAGCAGGGGUGUGACCCAACCAGUUCUUUGAACAGUGUGCUUGGAAUGGGUUGGAGCAGGAAGAGACUAUAUUUGGAAGACCAGAAUGCUGAGAGGCUGUGCCGGCCUGGAAAAAAUGGGUCAGAACCAAGAGGAGUUGGCAACUAAUUGUGAGGAUUAAAGAGCAGGUACACAGCAGACAUUACCUCCAGGCUUGUUUGAAGGCGAGUGGCUGGAUUAGGAUGCCAUUACAGGUAAUACAGACCUCAGUCAAAUUAAUCCCCAAAGAGCCACACAUACUUGAGAGCUAUUUUGUCUCACAUGUUUAUCUAUUAUACAGUUUUUCAUUGGAAUUUAAGCCAAUAGCGAGGCCACCACACGUCUGCCCACACGGUGAGGUGAACACUUAUGGGAAGUAAAAUGUGAGUUCUCAUGUGGAGACGCCAUGUUUGUGUUGCUGCCAGAAUACACAGGUGAAGAUGUAGAGCAGACUGUAGGAAACACACACUGGGGACACGAUGGAAAGGAUGGAAUCGUACGCAGAAUGACGUGUAUGUUAUCUGGAAGCAACCCCUGCAGCUCAACUUUGAAUCCAGGGGAUUGCCAAGGGAGAUCGUAUAGAGGAAAGCAGGCUGAGGGGCAAAGUAUGGCAGACAGUCCGUUCGGAUAUUUACUCUUUAUAUCGAAAUGUCCACCCAGUCCUCAAUGUCUGUGAUUCUGUAUGACUGUGGCCUAUUCCAAGCCUACAUUUCCUCAGAAAGGUCUCAGAUGAAGGGACUGAGGUCGAUUGAUGUACGGUGGCCUCGCUGUUAGUUUAAACUCUGACUAAAAACUGUGUAAUAGGUGAAACUGUGAGGCAAAUAUCUCUCAAAUAGGUGUGGCUCUUCAGGGGUUAAUUCAAGACCUGUAUCAGUUUUCUAUGUCUGCUGUAACAAAUUACCACAAACUUGGGGGCUGAAUACAACACCCAUUUAUUCUCUGACCAUUUUGGAGGCUGGAAGUCUGAAAUGAGUAUCACUGAGCUAAAGUCGAGGUGUUGGCUGGGCCGUGCUCCUCUGGAGGCUCCCACUCCAUGAGCCAUUGUUCACUGUUGCUUGACUAAGCCCCCACCACACAGGUCAAGUGUGUUCCUUGAACAAGGUUUUGCACUCGGUGGCUCUCUGCUAUGGUUUCUACCUAAUAUUCCCUUCAAAUCUUUUUUUUUUUAAUAAAAUUUUUCUGAGAUUUAAUUCACAUACAAUUCACCCAUUUAAACUACACAGUUCAAUGGUGUCAAGUACAUUCAGAGUUGUGCAGCCAUCACCACAAUUUUAAAACAUUUUUGUCACCCAAAAAGAAAACCCGUACCCGUUAGUGCUCAUUCCUCAUCUUCCCCCAAAGACUAAUCUACUGCUAAUUUACUUUCCAUCUCUAUAGAUUCGCCCACUCUGGACAUUUCAUUUAAAUGGAAUCAUACAAUAUGUGGUCUUUUUCACUUAGCAUGAGGUUUUCAAGGUUCAUCCAUGUUGUGGCAUGGAUCAGUACUUCAUUCCUUUUUAUUGCCAACUAAUCACCAAUUAUAUGGAUAUAUCACAUUUUAUUUAUCUAUUCAUCAGUUGAUGGACAUUUGGGUUGUUUCCACUUUCCUGCUAUUAUGAACACUGCUACUACGAAUAUUCAUGGACUAGUUUUAUGUGGACAUGUUUUCAUUUCCCUUGGGUUAAUACCUGGGAGUGGAAAGGCUGGGUCACAUUGUCACCCUUGUAACCUUGUGUAUCCAGGUUAUGUUAUGUUCAGGACCAAAUUCAGUGUGAUUUCAUAGUGUUCCACCAUCCCCACUCAGAAUGAAACUUCUCCCUAGGACUGCUAUUGUUCAGUACCUCAGUAUUAAGCUCACCAAUUUGCCUUGGAGCGCAGUAAUCCCUACAUGGCUCUUUCUGUGAAUUUCUGGAAAGCAGGGGCAGGCUCUCUCAUUUUUGUAUAUCCCAAGGCAGUGAGUGUACUGCCUUGCAUAAGGCAGGAACUCUGUAAGUGGUUUUGAACUGGUGGGAAAUAAAAGUAUUAAGAAUUUCAUAUGCUUAAAUCUACAAAAUGUGUCUAAUCCUAAAUAAUCUUCACUCUCAAAUUUCAACAAUUAAAUGGCAAAUAACACUUAAAAUAAAGGUGUUUAAAGCAAACCA